GUUCCUUAGAUCAAUCAAUCAAUCACAUCCUAUGUUACUGUCUUCAAUCCUAUAAUCUUCUGUUUUUCUCCAAACCAAACACACCCUGAUCACUGAAAAUCAAGGGUCACUCACAAGUUUUGUUCACAACCCGUUUGGUUGGUUUCACCAUUCCCUUUGUUGCGCCUUAAUUCUUAGUGGGUAUUUCACUUUUUGACUUGUAGAUAGUUCUUGCUUCAAGUUCUCGAAAUGGGUAAGGCUCAAAACGUUGUUGAUGUUGAGGAUGGAACCUUGGAGAUUGGAAUGGAGUACAGAACUGUGUCUGGAGUUGCUGGACCAUUGGUUAUUCUUGAUAAAGUUAAGGGACCAAAAUUUCAAGAGAUUGUUAAUAUUCGCUUAGGGGAUGGUACCACUAGGCGUGGACAAGUUCUAGAAGUUGAUGGUGAAAAAGCUGUUGUUCAGGUCUUUGAAGGUACAUCUGGGAUUGACAAUAAAUUUACUACUGUGCAAUUUACUGGAGAGGUGUUAAAAACUCCAGUAUCACUGGACAUGCUUGGCCGCAUAUUUAAUGGUUCAGGAAAACCUAUUGAUAAUGGUCCGCCCAUAUUACCUGAGGCUUACUUGGACAUAUCAGGAAGUUCCAUCAACCCUAGUGAGAGAACCUAUCCAGAGGAGAUGAUUCAGACAGGAAUAUCCACAAUUGAUGUCAUGAAUUCUAUUGCUAGAGGUCAAAAGAUCCCUCUAUUCUCAGCUGCUGGACUCCCCCAUAAUGAAAUUGCUGCUCAGAUAUGUCGUCAAGCUGGCUUAGUCAAGCGAUUAGAGAAGUCUGAUAAUCUUCUUGAGGGUGGAGAAGACGACAACUUUGCCAUUGUCUUUGCAGCUAUGGGAGUUAACAUGGAGACAGCACAGUUUUUUAAACGCGACUUUGAGGAGAAUGGCUCGAUGGAGAGAGUGACCCUUUUCCUUAAUCUGGCAAACGAUCCUACAAUUGAGCGUAUCAUCACUCCUCGUAUUGCUCUUACUACUGCUGAAUAUUUGGCAUAUGAAUGUGGGAAGCAUGUUCUUGUUAUACUCACAGAUAUGAGCUCUUAUGCUGAUGCUCUUCGUGAGGUAUCUGCUGCUCGAGAAGAAGUACCCGGUAGACGUGGGUAUCCUGGUUACAUGUAUACAGAUCUGGCAACAAUAUAUGAACGUGCUGGAAGAAUUGAGGGGCGAAAAGGCUCUAUUACACAGAUUCCAAUUCUAACCAUGCCAAAUGAUGAUAUUACGCAUCCAACUCCUGAUCUUACGGGAUAUAUUACUGAGGGGCAGAUAUACAUUGACAGGCAGUUGCAUAACAGGCAGAUAUAUCCACCAAUCAAUGUCCUUCCAUCACUGUCUCGAUUGAUGAAGAGUGCCAUCGGUGAGGGAAUGACUCGAAGGGAUCAUUCUGACGUUUCCAAUCAGCUUUAUGCAAAUUAUGCCAUUGGAAAGGAUGUCCAGGCAAUGAAAGCUGUGGUUGGAGAAGAAGCACUUUCAUCUGAGGACCUGUUGUAUCUGGAAUUUUUGGACAAGUUUGAGAGGAAAUUUGUCGCCCAAGGAGCUUAUGAUACCCGGAACAUCUUCCAGUCACUUGAUCUUGCAUGGACUUUGCUCCGGAUUUUCCCUCGUGAGCUUCUUCAUCGUAUUCCUGCCAAGACUCUUGAUCAAUACUACAGCCGUGAUGCCGGUAACUGAUGAUAUAUAUUGCAAGCUCAUCCAAACCUUGAUCACAUGCUCAAUCAGCUUGUAAUGAUCCUCUAUUGAUUCAUUUCUUAGCUCUCUCACCAACCGUCCAUAUUUCUUCUAUGUUACAUAUAAUAAAGGUUGAUUUGAGUGCCUCAUAUUUUUGUUUCCUCAGAUAUUUUGUUCUAGUGCCAAUUCAUUUUCUGGGGUGGUGGGAAUUUUAGUUAUUACCAACUUGGGAUGGUGUUAAUUGCAUUGUGCAUUUGUGGGAUAUUCAGUGCAGUUAAUUUUUUCUUUUAUUUCCCAUAUAUGUUGCUUGUUUCAGUAUCCUAUUACCUUGUAAUUUGAUUUUAUUCAGGAUAUUUAUAAAGAGGACAGUGGUAUGUAGAGGGCACUUUGAUGUUUUUUGACUGUUCUAUUAGUUCAUUAAGUGAAAUGAUCUUAAAUUUUGAGAAA